AAUCCCCUCUUUCUUAUCGUCGCCUUUCUUCUUCUUCUUCUUCUUCCUCCUCUCCUCUAAGCGAAAAACGCCUUUCUCAAAACAUAUAAUUUUUGUCUUAUUCUCUAUUGCUAUCAAAAUUUUCUUUUCUCUCUUUUCAAGGUUUUCCAAAUCUCAAUCUAAAAAUUUUUUCUAGUUUUUUUUCGUGUUAAACUAGUUUUCUAGGGUUCGAUAAUGGCGCCGCCGGGAGAGAUGCCGUCGAAUAAUCUAUGGGUGGGUAAUCUAACCCCCGACGUAACGGAAGCCGAUCUAACGGCUCUGUUCCAGAAGUACGGGCCGGUUGAUAGCGUAACCUCAUAUUCGGCUCGUGGUUUCGCUUUUCUCUAUUUCAAGAACAUCAACGACGCUAAAGAGGCUAAGGACGCGCUUCAAGGAUCUUUCUUUCACGGCAAUCCGCUUAGGGUUGAGUUCGCAAAACCGGCUAAGCCAUGCAAAAGUUUGUGGGUAGCUGGGAUUAGCAAGUCCGUGUCAAAAGAAGAAUUGGAAGAUCAGUUCAAGGGAUUUGGUAAAAUUCAAGAAUUUAAGUUCAUCAGGGAUCGCAAUACCGCAUAUAUUGAUUUUACUAGACUGGAAGAUGCAGCAGAAGCACUGAAGAACAUGAAUGGCAAAAAAGUUGGCGGUGAACAGAUCCGCGUGGAUUAUCUCAGGUCACAACCUGCUAGAAGAGAGCAAGGACCGGAGUUUCGGGAGAUGAGGGAUGGACAAUUUCCCAAUAGGAGCAUUGGCCAUCCUGACACUCGGGUUAUGCCUCAAGAUUUUGUCAGGAACUACUCUGAUCCUAUGCAUGCUGGCUUCAAAAGGCAACAUCCAUUCCAGUUGCCAGCGGGACAAAGUGGACAACCUAGUAAAGUUUUGUGUAUAAGUUAUCCACCCUCUGUCCAUGUUGAUGAAGACAUGCUACACAAUGCUAUGAUUUUGUUUGGUGAGAUUGAUGGAAUAAAAACAUUUUAUGAUAGAAAUUACUCAUUGGUUGAAUUUAGAAGCAUAGAGGAAGCCCAGCGUGCUAAGGAGGGGUUGCAGGGCAAGCUUUUCAAUGAUCCCAGAAUCACAAUAGAAUAUUCAAGCAGUGGUCCUGCACCUGGCAGAGAUUUCUUGGAGUAUCAUCCUUCAAUUAUGGGCCCAGCACCUGAUUUUUAUCCCAAUGAAAACCCAUUCCAACCUGCACAGAUGGGCUUAUUUGGCCAUAGUCGCCCUAUGUUGGCUUCUAAUGUACCUGGGCAUAUGCCACCUUAUGGUACUCAUGGUCCUGAGAUCCCAGCAAGGCCUUUGGGUACGCAAGGCAGGUUUGACCCUGUUAUUUCAGGCCCAGAAUUUACUGAUUCGCCAGUGCUUCGGAAAUUGCGAGACACAAGUCCUCAUACUAUGAUUGGAGGUCCAAAUUGGAAGCAGUCAUCUCCAACACCGGGGUUGCUUUCUUCUCCUUCAGGUGAGCAGAAACCACCUAAUAGAUCUGCCCUUGGUGGCUGGGAUGUUUUCGAUUCUAGCCAACUUCAGAGGGAAACUAAAAGAUCAAGGAUUGAUGGGGCUUUGCCAUAUGAUAGUUCUCUCCCUCCUAAAAGAACAGAUGGUCGAGCUCCUGGUCAUGACUAUAUAUGGCGUGGCGUUAUCGCCAAGGGUGGAACACCUGUUUGUCAUGCUCGCUGUGUGCCUAUUGGGGAAAGGAUAGAAUCGGAGAUUCCUGAGGUAGUCAAUUGCUCCGCCAGAACAGGAUUAGACAUGCUAACUAAACACUACGCAGAUGCUGUUGGGUUCAAUAUUGUUUAUUUCUUGCCGGAUAGCGAAGAGGAUUUUGCUUCAUAUACAGAGUUUCUGAGGUACCUGGGUUCAAAAGAUCGUGCUGGGGUUGCAAAAUUUGGUGAUGGGACCACCAUGUUCUUGGUGCCACCUUCUGACUUCCUUACGAAAGUUCUGAAAGUUGUUGGUCCAGAGCGUCUUUAUGGGGUGGUUUUAAAGUUUGCACAUCAUAUACCUGGUAACACAUCUUUGCCACCAGAGUCCAAUCAACCUCAAUAUGUGGAUGCACCACGGAUAACAUCCUCUCAAGCUGCGUAUGAUGCAAUGCCAUCCAUGGAAAGGGUUUCACAGAUGAACUAUAAUCAGGUUACCCGAGAAGAUCUGAAGCUGCCUUCAAAAGAAGUCAGUUCUCUGACUGAUGCGCACCCUGCAAAUCCUGCGCAGCCAAGUAAUACUGCAGCAUACCCUGUGAAUCCUGUGCAUCAAAGUAAUACUUCAGCGCCAACCCAAGCGGGGGUCACUUUAACACCUGAACUUAUUGCAACCCUAGCAAAAAUGCUACCAGCUAACAAGUUAUCAAGUGUGGAAGGGGCAACCGUGCCUGCAGGAGCGUCUGGCGGGAUGCCUGCAUCAGAUGUUGCUGUUGCACCUGGUAAAGUGCAGCAACAAUCUUGGAGAUAUGAACAUCAAGCUCCUGGUCAAGCUGCCGAUCACAUGGCACAGUUUGGUAGUCAGUUUAACAACCAAAUGCAAGUUUUACCACAGCUUCAAGCUCAUCCAGCAGGCUUGAACACACCUAACCAUUAUUCUCAAGGGGCCACUGGUUUUAGCCAAAUGCAAGAGCAUAGCCUAAACUUGCGAGCACAAGGUGGUCCUCCUCAGACAUUGACAUCGACCAUGAUUUCUCAAGGCACACACCUCUCAGCUCAGCCCCAUGUUGAUCGCCACCUUCAGCUUGGAACACAUCAGGAUGCUGUGAGUGGUUCUGGGACUCAUACCACUGAUGCCUUAGGACUGUAUGGUUCAUCUGUCUCUCAGCAACCAACAAAUCUUGCUUCAUUGCCCAACCAGACUUAUGGUGCUAAUGUUCCUCAGCCACAGGCUGGCAUGCCUGUUGCCUCUGGGAUGGGGCUCGCAACUCAAAUGCAUCAGUUGCAGUCUGCACUUUAUGGGUCAGUACAGGAGGGACCAGAAUCAGAGGUUGACAAGAAUGAACGCUACCAGGCAACUCUAUUAUUUGCAGCUAAUCUACUCUCUCAGAUACAUAAGCAGAAGCCAAGUAGUCAAAGUGGGCAAGGGUCAGGCAAUCAUUGAGAAGAUCUCCUUAAGCUAGGUAGCUGGCGUGUCAUGGUUACCAAGAUUUCUGGACAAAAGGCACAAGAAAUGGGACAUAUAGUUGCUUGCGAUAGUUCAACCUUCAAAUGGCGACUGGUCUUUUAGUUAUGUUCUGUGUUUUGCCUUCUUGUUUUCUUUUUGUCAGGUGUUAGUUCUUUUUUCAUCUUUCUUCUUUUUUCUCUCUCUUCUGUUUACGAAAGAAAAAAGGCGAAACACAGUUCAGAAAUUCAAUUUUUGGUGGUUUAACUUCCUCUUCUGUAUUUCAAUUUCUUGUUAGACGUUUAAGUGCAUUGUUUGUUUAAAAAGCCAGAUUAAAGGCAUAUCCAUCGGAAAAGAUGAAUUUGACCAAAACAUGGGAAGUGUUUGACAGUUCGUAGAAAUUAAUGAGAUUUUUCCUUGA